GUUACUGAUAGCAGUCUGCAAUAAGUCAGUGUUGAGCACGCUAGGACAUGUGGCGUGCAACUCCGAGAGACAAGUGGUUCUUUAUUCAAUGAACAGUAAAUUGUUGUUAAUUUUUGUUAAAAUAAAUUUAUAAUAUGGGUGUGUUGAAAGAUAAAGGUGAUAAAAAACAAACAAAAUAUGAGACGAAGAAACUUCCAGCAGAGAAAGACCCGCCCGGUCUUCUCUCGCGUUUGUUCUUCUGUUGGAUGUUCCCUAUAUUCUAUAACGGGACGCAACGGGAUUUGGAAGAAUAUGAUUUAAAGCCGGCGAAACACGUUUACGACUCGAAGCUCGUCGGUGACGCUCUUGAGGAGAGUUGGUUACAAGAAGAAGCUGCUGCUAGGGGUGCCGGUAGAAAGCCAUCGUUCAAGAAAGUGUUAUUUAGAACGUUUGGGUGGUCGUUCGUGCCGGGCGGCAUUAUGCAGUUGGGUUAUGUAUCCUUCAGGACGGGCACGCCCCUGCUUUUUGGAAAACUUUUGUCAUAUUGGUCCGCUGAAUCCACUAUGAGUCGAGAGGAAGCAUCAUAUUACGCAAUCGGCAUGAUAGCUUGUAACUGGAUAGCAGCAUAUUUAAAUCACCAUGGGAAUUUAUUCUGCCAACAAUUCGGCAUGAAACUCAGAAUCGCCACUAGCUCCUUAAUGUUUAGAAAGAUAAUGCGCAUGAGCAACAGCUCUCACGGAGAAACCACUGCAGGGAAGGUGGUGAACCUUUUGUCUAAUGAUUUACAAAGAUUCGAUUUGGCGUUCCUGUUCUUGCAUUUCGUUUGGAUUAUCCCUAUACAAUUGGUAGCGGUUUGCUAUUUGGGUUAUUACCAGGCGGGGUACGCGGCUCUUAUCGGUUUAGCUGCACUCAUUAUUAUAGCUUUACCUAUUCAAGGGUUUCUUGGUCAAGUAUUAGGCAAGAUUCGAGGUCGCACUGCAGAGAAAACUGAUGAAAGGAUUAAAGUGAUGAGCGAAGUUAUAAAUGGCAUUCAAGUGAUAAAAAUGUACGCAUGGGAGGUACCGUUCCAAAAAGUAGUUGACGAGAAGAGGAGAAAUGAAUUGAAGGAGGUGCGGAUGGCGACAAUCCUUCGCACAGUGUUCCUCGGGUUCAUGAUGUUUACGGAGAGGACUGCGCUGUUCCUCACAAUCCUCACUUUUAUCUUACUUGGCAACCCUAUGAGCGCCACUGUGAUUUAUCCGCUGCAGCAGUUUAUGAACGCGGCACAAAUAAACAUAACCCUGAUAUUGCCGCUGGUGCUGUCGUUUACAGCGGAACUCAUUGUCUCACUCAGGAGAAUUCAAGAGUUCCUGAUACUUGACGACAGAGCCGAUUUGAUAGCCACCACUCCGGCGACGCCAACAAGCAACUUGUUCAGAAACGUAAAGGGGAGUUUCCGAGAAAUUCAUCCUGACGCAGUGAGACCGCUUUCUUACAAUCAAAAAUCUGAUACAUUUGUCGCUAGUCAUGCAACCGGUAAUAUGCCGCAAAAAAAUUCAAGAUUAUUACGAAGCAUGUCACACUUUGACGAUGCGGCUGUGCAAAUCCAUGACGUCUCGGCCAGUUGGACUGGAGACCCUAAUUUUCUGGCAUUAAAAAACAUAUCUUUGCGGCUGCGUAAAGGAAAACUUUGCGCCAUCAUUGGACCUGUCGGGUCUGGAAAGUCUUCGAUUCUGCAACUGCUACUAAAAGAAUUGCCUGCGGCUGCUGGCACGGUUUCAAUAUAUGGAAAGAUCUCGUACGCUUGCCAAGAGGCGUGGCUCUUCCCUAGUACGGUUCGGGAGAACAUACUUUUCGGUCUACCCUUUGAACCGGAAAAAUAUAAAAGGGUAUGCAGAGUAUGCGCUUUGGAGAAGGAUUUCAAACAAUUCACGUAUGGAGACCAAACCCUAGUGGGAGAGCGCGGGGUGUCGUUGUCGGGGGGCCAGCGCGCCAGAAUCAAUUUAGCCCGCUCCGUCUACAGGGAGGCAGAUAUUUAUCUAUUAGAUGACCCGCUGUCCGCCGUGGAUACUAAUGUGGGCCGGCAACUGUUCGAGGGUUGCAUUAACGGAUACCUUCGUAACCGCACUAGGAUCCUGGUCACACAUCAGAUACAUUUCCUUAAAGCGGCUGAUUAUAUCGUUGUUAUGAAUGAGGGCCGCAUCGAGAACAUGGGCACGUUUGAUGAGCUCGCCUCGUCGGGGAAAGAAUUCUCCAUGAUGCUGACAUCACUACAAGAAGGCAAAGAAAAGGACUCUGAUAGUCUUAGCGCUCGAAGCACAGAUUCGAAGGACAGACCAGCGCUACUACGUAGUCAAUCAAGCAUGAACGAAGAUGAAGAUCUGCCGCAGUUUGAAGCACAGAAAUUAGCAGACGAAGAACGGCAAUCAGGCAAUCUUCGGUGGGAGGUUAUCGCGGGCUACUUCCGGUCGGGAGGCAAUGUUUGCUUCCUGUUCUUCACAUUUCUGAUGGUUAUUUUGGCGACGGCAUCUGCUGCCGGCGCCGACUACUGGGUUAGUUACUGGUCAAAUCAGAUGGCGGCGUUCGAGGAGCAAUUAGGCGGAGCUGAUAUCGAUCCAGGUUUAGAUGUCGUAGUGGGUCAGUUCACAACGGGACAGUAUCUGAUAAUCCACGGAUGUAUAGUCGCAGCCGCCAUACUGCUUACCAACAUAAGAGUGUUUCCGUUCGCGGAGCUGUGUGUUUCCGCUUCGAAUAAUCUUCACAACAGUAUGUUUAGUACUAUGAUCAAGGGCAUCAUGCGAUUUUUUGACACCAGCUCUUCAGGUCGCAUCCUCAACCGUUUUACAAAGGACAUGGGUGCCGUGGACGAAAUUCUGCCAAGAACAUUAUUGGACGUCUUCCAAAUAUACGGCACGCUGGGCGCCAUCCUGGUUCUGAACGCCAUCGCGCUUUACUGGACGCUCAUUCCCUCUGUCGUGCUUCUUGUGUUAUUCGGCUUUGCGGUCAGAAUCUAUUUGAAAACGGCUCAAGGCAUCAAGAGAUUGGAAGGCACAACGAAAAGUCCUGUAUUCGGCAUGGUGACGUCAUCUCUCAAUGGUAUCUCAACCGUCCGAGCGGCCGAUGCACAGCACCGACUCAUCGACGAGUUUGAUCGUCAUCAGGACCUACACACGGCUGCAUGGAACGGUUACUUGGGCGGAGGCACCACAUUCGGUUUUUAUUUAGACACCAUGUGCCUGAUCUAUCUCACCACGAUCAUCUUCGUAUUUCUCUAUAUUGAUUUUGGUAACGUUAUAGCAGUCGGCAGCGUCGGUUUGGCCGUCACUCAGAGCAACACUCUAACAGCUAUGUUACAACACGGUGCGCGUAUGUUGGUAGAGUUUCUGGCGCAGCUGACCAGCGUGGAGAGGGUGCUCGAGUACACGCGCAUCGAGACAGAGACCAAUCUGUUUCAUGGCAAGACGCAGAUACCGGCGAUGUGGCCAACUGAAGGACGUAUUGUUUUCGACAGGGUUUAUUUACGGUAUGCACCCGACGAGGAGCCUGUGCUCAGAAAUUUAAAUAUUCAAGUCGAGAAUGGAUGGAAGGUUGGUAUUGUAGGAAGGACAGGGGCUGGUAAAUCGUCAUUAAUAUCAGCCAUGUUUAGAUUCGCCUAUCUUGACGGAACAAUAUCGAUCGACGGCCUCGACACCUCACUAGUAUCGAAGCAGGGGCUUCGAUCGAAAAUUUCGAUUAUACCGCAAGAACCAGUCUUAUUUUCUGCCACUAUUAGAUAUAAUUUGGAUCCUUUCAAUAUCUACAGCGACGACGACCUUUGGAGGGCAUUGGAGCAAGUCGACAUGAAAUCCGCAGUCCCGUCACUAGAUUUCAAAGUAACAGAAGGUGGCGCGAACUUCUCUGUGGGCCAAAGACAACUUAUGUGUUUAGCGCGAGCGGUGCUUAGGUCUAAUAAGAUUUUAAUUAUGGACGAGGCCACUGCCAACGUGGAUCCACAGACUGAUAACUUCAUUCAGCAGACCAUAAGACGGCAAUUCGCGUCCUGCACCGUCCUGAUCAUUGCUCACAGGCUCAACACUAUUAUGGAUUCUGACAGAGUUCUGGUGAUGAAUACCGGGCAGGUAGCUGAGUACGAUCAUCCUUACAUUCUACUCUCAGAUCCCAACAGUCAGUUCUCAUCCAUGGUGCGAGAGACCGGUGAGAAGAACAGCGCCAAGCUCUUCCAAGUGGCCAAAGACGCCUACUUUCAGAGCAAUCUGAAAGAAAACGCGAGAUGAAAUAUAUGAUGGCGAACACACCGGCGUGCAAGUGUGACGACAAUAUUUCAUGGUGAUGAAUACAAACAUAUCUAUAGUUCGUAAUCGAAUCACAAUCCCCAGAAAUAUUAAGAAGUAGACUGUAAAUAUAUACAAUUACCUAUACAUGGAUAAUAAUAAAAAAAUAUUUUUAUACAA